CCCGGAUAAGAAUCCUGUAUCCGGAGAGGUGGGCCAACCUGGUGGCGGAGAGAUCCCAUCUUGCUGCGCGACCAUGUUUCACAUGCGCCGAGGAAUCGCGCGAUCGGCGCGCUUCAUGCGACGACACCCGAACGCUUCCAGCACGCUCAAGGCGGACUUCACCAAGAUCGCCGGGCCCGGCCGCCGCAUGGCCGCGAUGGCCCCGCGCGCGACCUGCGUCCCGCUCCUCGACAUCAUGGACGCGCUCCGGCGAGAUGGCGUCGACCAGAUAUCGCUCAUGUACCACUCGCUUGUCGACGACGAAGGGCGAUAGCGGUCAACUAAUGAGCUAAGCGAUUGCGUCCUCGUACAUGGAUAUCCAACAUUUGAGCUCUGCAGGUCCAAGA